AUGUCCAAGUUUAAAUACCAAAUAAAUAUUCCUAAUUCUCUUGAAAUAAACGAGAAUUUUUUCAGUCCUGUUUUUAGCACAAGAGAUAAUAUGUUUUGGCAAUUAGCGUUUCUUCCUGAAGACUUUUCAUUCUUUCUUUCGCCGGUUAUAGGCCCGGACGAAAUUGUAUGGGGAGAACGUUCAAAAUUAGAGUUCACGUUAUAUGUAAAUGAAAUUAAGGAAAAUGAGCUAAAGGAAGCAUAUUCUGAAACAUUUACUGUGCCUCCUGAUGCUCAUAUUCAAGAUGGUUUUGGAAUCUCAAACCUCGAUAGAACAAAAUUUUUAAAUGGAGAAUUAGAAAUUGGAGUUAUAUUCAAUGAUUUUGAAGGAAAUAAUAAGAGAAAAGUUCAUAAAUACACUACACCGCCAGACCUUAUAGAAGCAUGGAAGGACCAAUUAUCUGAUUAUCAAUCAGCUGACGUAGAAUUUAAUGUAAGAGGGGCAAAAUUUUACGUCUGUAGUUCAAUCCUUUCUAAAAGGUCUGAAUAUUUUGCAAAAAUUUUUUCAGGCAAAUGGUCAGAAACUGAAAUUGCUAAUAAAAUUGAGUACGUAAAUGAAAUUCAUUUAGAAGAUAGUCCUGAGCAUAAAGUUAAAUAUAGAAUCCAAUUUUCCGAGGAUCCAGAUAUAUUUUCAAUAAUAAUGGAAUAUCUUUAUACGAAUGAGGUUAAAUGGGUGAAUCAAGAUAAUGAUUCAAUAACCAUAAAAUUGUUUCGUCUGGCAGAUAAAUAUCUUUUAUUAGAUCUUCGAGAUAGAGCAAAAUUUAGGAUUUAUGAUGAAUUAGAGAUUUCAAACGUUUCUGAAAUUUUGUUCGGUCUAGUUCCUAUUUACGAAGAUUUAAAGGGACCCGUCUUAAAAUUUAUGGCAAGACAUUUUAAAGAAGUCAGAAAAAAUUUUUGA